AGCCGAGAAAAAAAAAAAGGAAAAUAAUUUAAAGAGUAUGUAUUAAUACUCGAGUGAUUUGGCAAUGCGUAUAACAUACUGUGCCGUUUUCGUUCCAGAAUUGCCCUACCUUUUUACAGUGCUGAAUUCCACGAAACUUUAGAUGAGUCAAACUUUUAAAGUUUAGUGACAUACUAUGCCAAAGAAGCUUGGUCUGAAAACUGAUAAUAACUUACUAAAGAAAGCCCCGGCUUGGCGCUGAUGGAGCAGCCAGUUGAACAGGUGGCUGUCACAACCUUAGGCUCGACCAAGCACUUGGGCCACAAAGGGCCUGGAGACCCAAAAGAAUUCCACUUCACGCCUGAGUCCGUGUUAUCAUUCCUUUACGGGAAGAACACUGUUCAAGUUGUAGAUAUCGAGAAAGAGCGUUCAACGACCAUUGAGAAAGAUAAAGCUGACCGUUGGCUGACCUAUGCGAUCCAGUCCAUCCCGGCCGAGGUACAACUGUGUACGUCAUCUAUCCCUGGGGCCAAGUAUGGGAUAUCAGCAAAGCGGACAAUCCCAGAAGGCACCUGGAUAGGCCCUUAUGAGGGGAAAAGACGGAACCUGGAGGAACUCGCAGACUGCGAGGAUACGGAUUUUGCAUGGGAGAUCUACGCAGGAGGUUGCCCAUCCAUUUACAUCGAUGGCAGUGACGAGAACCUGUCCAGCUGGAUGCGCUUUAUAAGAUGCGCGCGCAAUUUCUCAGAGCAAAACCUGUACGCUUUCCAGUACCUCGAGAACAUUUUCUACCGCGCCUUCAAGGAGAUUCCUGAAGGAACAGAGAUGUUGGUUUGGUACGACAAUAAGUACCCUCAGUACCUGGGUAUCCCGACCGGUCUGGAGGAGAUUGAGUUUAUUACCCCCUCCGGUGAAGCUGUUCCCGGCAGCAUAAAAAACAGCAAAAACAAGAAUAUAAACAACAACAACGAUAACAACAACAACGAGAUCAAAACUUCCAUGUCGUGUCUUUCCAAGCUGAAUGGCGUCUCGCCGACACCGCACACGCAUGCGCAACGCAUGUACAACCAACAUCAGAUCGAGGCUACAGAGGCGAAUAAAAACCAGAUGGAGCACCACUAUCGACAUCGCAUCCAAUCCCGACACUACACAACACAGCACUCGCGUUUCUCGCAACCCUACCACGUGACAAGCCACGUGACAACCCAGCCCCCCAACUACCCUUCCUAUCAGCAGGUGCCACCCCAUCUGGUUACUAGGGGCAACGGUGAUUUCGUGGUACGCCCCCUAGUCGGCAGCGUCAAUCCUCCACAAGCCAUCGUGAAACCUGUUACUGUUAUGAGCAGCGUGACAGCACCAGGUGAUCUCAAAGAACCGUUUCGUGACGGAAGUGAUUUGAAACAGCGCCUUGGAGGAUUUACAGGGUCGCCUAACGGAAGUGUUUCUGUGAACAUCUCAGCUGGAAUACCUCCUCAAAAUAUGAUGGCAGGUGUUAUGAGUAGUGGGCAAGCACGUGGUACAUCUGAUGUGGCCAGAAACACUAAGUCACGUGAUUACGAUCCAGGCUCAUCACAGCCGCUACUGGUCACUUCCGUUCAGCUCGGUAAUGGACAUACUCGGGAGUCCUUCGUCGGGCCGCACCGGAGAGGGAGGGUCUAUGCGCGUGCGUCAGCUAGUCGGAGCGCGGUUGGACGUCACGUAGGUCUGCCUCCAUCUCCAUAUUCAACCCGCUCCAAAGAAGCAUUGACACGGAAACUGUCCGAUCCACAGCCGCAUCAGCCAUACAGCGUCGAGAACCUGCUCAUAAAACACUCAAGCGGCGUUAGCCCUGCACACCACCACACCCAGGGGGCACCCAACCGGCUGGGCCCGCAAGCACAGAUCACCGCAAGUCCAGUCCCCACUCACCCUUCCCCAAACUCUACUUUUACGUGCCAGCAAUCCGUCAUGGCAAGCGGUCAUACCACACCACACAAUGCGCCCGCCUCUAGCUCCACGUCCGCGCUUCCUUCGAGUCAUGCAACACAAAUGCAAAGCACCGCAGGACAUCACCUCGGUCACGCAACAUUUGGGUCUGGUCGUGCAACGGUCACGCAACUUUCAGCCGUUACCGUAGGGCAUCAGCUAGGUAACGCAACGUUAGGAUCUGGUCACACAACGGUCACGCAAUACUCAACGGUCACCACAGGUCCUCAGCUUGGGAACGCAACGUAUGGACCUGGUCACGCAACGGUCACGCAAUACGCAACGGUCACCACAGGUCCUCAGCUUGGGAACGCAACGUAUGGACCUGGUCACGCAACGGUCACGCAACAUUCACCGGUGGACCUUAACAGCCAAAUAGAAUCAUCUCAGAAGCCACGCCAUCCAUCCAGCUGCAGCAGUUCCGGGCAUGCGCACGAGGAUGACGAAGAUUCCAGAAGCGACUCUUUGAGCACCGAAAGUAAAGAGGAUAACCGGAACUUGAUGGAUGAGAUUAGCAUGUGGCGAUGCAAGCAGUGUCAGAAGACGUUCACUCAGCGCGUGCUACUGCAAGUGCACGUGUGCCCGCGACAGCCCAUCAAGCCGUACCAGUGUGGACAGUGCGAACUCUCCUUUGGCACCUCCCGCGAGCUCCGAAUCCACGUAGACACGCACGCCAGCGAGAAGCCAUUCAAGUGCGGCUUCUGCUCGCGCUCGUUUGCGGGCGCAACCACUUUGAAUAACCACAUUCGCACCCACAUGGGCAAGCGCCCGUUCUACUGUGAAAGGUGCGGGAAGAACUUUAGUCAGGCGGGGCAACUCGCACGACAUCACCGCACGCCUGGCGACUGCAACGAACUAUCACAGUGACGUCACAUUUAAGCAUAACUUCAUUGUCGCAUUCACAUGGCAUCUACACACGAUGGCACAAAUGCACAUGACGUCACACCCGCAUAUUACGUCACAUCCAAACAUAAAGUCUCAUCAGCACCUCUUUUUAUUACGCCACGUGCGCCCUUCAGCAGACAAAUAUCAGAAUCAUGUAAACACGAUGUCACAGGUGUACAUGACGAUCUAUACAUAACGUUACGCCUAAGCACAUUUAAGCAUAACGCCUAAGUCACAUUUAAGCAUAACGUCAUUGUCGCAUUCACAUGGCAUCUACACGCGAUGGCACAAAUGCACAUGACGUCACAUCCGCAUAUUACGUCACAUCCAAACAUAAAGUCUCAUCUGGACCUCUUUUUAUUACGCCACGUGCGCCCUUCAGCAGUCAAAUAUCAGAAUCAUGUAAGCACGAUGUCACAGGUGUACAUGACGAUCUAUACAUAACGUAACGCCUGUAUAUAUUAGAAUCUAUAUUAGAAUCUACAGUUUAAUGCCUUCAAUUAAUAGAUUUUAUUUGUUUAAGUAUAGUUUGUAGGCAAUGUCAGCAAAUGUCAGUAGCCAAAUAAAUUAAGUGCAGCAUGAGCCAACGAAUUUGUAUAAUUAUUUUGCGAAAGUUAGUGAAAUAUUUUAUCAUUUUCGCAAAGUUUUGCGAAAUUUAAUACGAAUAAGUGGCCGCUAUAAUAAAAAGAUAAGGCCCUUGCCAAACGUAACCAGCCCCCAUUUGCAUUUGAUUGUUGCUCGGGGGGUAUGAUACAAAAAAAUUGGGAAUAUCGGGUAUUUUUUGGUCUUUGCUGCUUCAGGACUAUAAGUUAUUGCAGAAUAAAUAGGGAUAACUUUUUGUCCAAAUACAUUUUAUUUCCUGUA